AUGGUGCUGAAACAGAUUAAUAAGGAAUUUAGUGAUUUGGCCCAUGACCCACCAGCACAAUGUUCUGCAGGUCCAGCUGGGGAUGAGUUUCAUUGACAAGCUACAAUUAUGGGACCUAAUGACAGCCCAUAUCAAGGCAGUGUAUUCUUUUUACACAUUCAUUUUCCUACAGACUACCCCUUCAAAUCACUGAAGGUUGAAAUUACAACAAGAAAUUAUCAUCCAAAUAUUAAUAGUAAUGGCAGCAUUUGUCUCGAUAUUCUAAGAUUGCAGUGGUAUCCUGCAUUAACUACUUCUAAAGUUCUUUUAUCCAUUUGUUCACUGCUAUAUGAUCCAAACUCAGAUGACCCUCUAGUGCCAGAGACUGCAUGGAUCUAUAAAAACAAAGAUAAGUGCAACAGAAUAUCUCGGGAAUGGACUCAGAAGUAUGCCAUGUGA